AUUCAGUCAAUUAUAAUUCGAAGUAGAAAUUAUCGCGUAUUUUUCAAUUAAGAUAUAUAUUUUAAUAUGCAGAUUUGAUAGGAAAAUAAAAAAGAAAUAAACACACACACAGCACUUAAAAAUAAGCAAAAAAAAGAAAAAAUUGUAGCAAUGUCUCCAAAGGUUGUGACAUAAGACAAAUCUUGCCAUUAAUUGAUAGCAGUUUAAUUCUACGUGUCAUUUAAUAUUUGUAAAGACGAAAAAGAAUACUGACAUUCUAAUUUUAAAGGGGAACGUUGGAAAAAAAAUAAAUGGAAAAUUAAAAAUUUAUUUUCAAUUUAAAAAUAUUUAUUGAAAGUGAAAAUUGUGUUAAUAAAAAUCAAUGUAUUUUGACGAAAAAUAAUUUUCAAUUUAGCGUUGCAAAAAAAAGGAAAACUUUGGAAAGUAUUCUCGAGAAACUAUUGUAAUUAAUUCCCUUAAGAAUCAAAUUUCACAAUGAGUCUUUGUAAUUCAUGUUCAAAUGGUGAGGACAAUAAAUUGGAGAAAAUUGAAAAUGUUCCAAUUAAAGAAAUUCAACGGGGGAGAAAGGCUCAUUUUGUACAAUUUAUCACUAUUAUUAGCGCGUACAUAUUUUUAAUAGACGGUGGAGCACAUAUGGUAUGGACAUCGCCAUCAUUGCCAUAUUUAAAGAGUGAAAAUUCACACAUUCCGCUGACAAAGGACAAAGCAUCGUAUCUCGUCUAUCUUAUAAGUUUCUCAUCAAUAUUCGGUCCAUUUCUCUACUUAAUAACAACAAAACAACUAGGACGUAAAAAUACAAUUCUUCUACUUGGCACCCUACAAUUAUUAUCAUGGAUCUUAACCGAUAUUGCGACAAAUUUCGAGUUAUUAUGCGUGGCAAAAUUAACAUUUGGACUAGCUUAUAGCGCAAUUUGCAGUGCAAUUCCAGUUUAUAUCGGUGAAAUAGCAGAUAAAAAAAUUCGCGGCACAUAUUUAUCGUUACUUAUUAUUUGCUCGAGUAUUGGAGCAUUUUUGAUGGCAAUAUCCGGUGCAUUCCUCAAUCAUAAAACAAUGAAUUUGGUGAUGACAGUGACGCCGAUAUUUGGAUUUAUAUUCUCAAUUUUCAUGACUGAAACACCGUAUUAUCAUUUGAUGAGGGGCUAUGAGGAGGAAGCUGUACAGGUGUUGAUGAAAUUGUCGUCAGUGACGAGACGUGAAUUGAUUGCCGACGAUAUUGAAAGAAUGAAGAAGACAUUGUUGGAGAAUGAGAAAACUGAGAGGAAUAUUUUUCGUGAUUUGUUUAUUGAUAAGGGGGGAAGAAAGGCUUUUAUUAUCCUUGUGAUAACGGCAUCAUUCAGUGGACUUUCGGGUUAUAUUGCAAUUCAGGCAUUCGCUGAGGAGAUUUUGAGUUACAGUAACUCGGCACUGUCGGCUAAACAUGGAACAAUGAUUUUAACGGGAAUUCAAAUUUUUUCUGGUCUCACGUCAUCGUUGUUGAUUGACACUUGGGGUAGAAAGCCAACGUGUUUGGUUUCUGGUUUAUUGUCGUCAUUGAGUUUGGCGGUGGUGGGAGUUUUUUAUAUGUUUCAAUAUUUCUUUGAAUUUGAUCUGACAUUCUUUACAUUGGCGCCAUUGGUGGGAUUAAUUUGUUUUACAUUCUCGUGUAAUAUUGGUAUUAAUCCGAUAUCAUUUGUCUAUGUUGGGGAGAUUUUUUCGAUUCAUUUAAAGGAAUAUGCGGCAAUGACUGGUGGUAUUUCCUUUUCAAUUGGUGUUUUAACUUCGAAUUAUUUGUUGCAUACGCUGAAUGCAAAGGGUAAUAUUUAUAUGGCUUUCUGGAUAUUUUCUGUAUUUUGCAUUUUAGAGGGGCUCAUUGUUUGGUUUUUCAUGCCAGAAACCAAGGGGAAAAAUUUGGAGGAAAUUUUAUUUUUGAUGGGCUAUAGAAAGAAGCGAUCUGAAAAAAAUAAUGUUUGUUAGAUUCGUUAAAUUUAUUAUUCAUUUGGGAAUAUUAUUUUCUAAAUAUCUACUUUCAAUUGUAUAAUUUUUUAACUCUUUAAGGACCAAAUUGCUUUCAGGCAACAUGAACAUUUUUUUGUUAACACUAAUUAAUUUGAAUUAGUGAAUUAGUGAGGCAACAUGAAUAUUUUUUUGUUAACUAAUUAAUUUUAAUCAGUGAAUUAGUGAAAAGUCGUCC